GCUUAGGCCGCCCCGAAUCCCAUGGGGCGACUGCCUUGAUAUAGGUGCCAGUCCCGGGGAACGACAGGGUUCGGUGCAGGAAACAAGACCCGAUAACUCGGUUUCCACACGCAAAAAAAACAUGGAGAAUCGCGGUUUGCGCCGAGGCUGCGAGCUGCGACGCGAGUCCGUGAUGGAAGCUGGAAAAAUUAUAAAGAGCUUCGAGAAAGCUGCUCUUGUGGGUCUGAGUUGCUUCAAUUGCUACGCCGUUGCUUUCUCAGAAAGAGUUUGUCGGCAAUCUUCACCAUGGCGCUCCCACCCAAAUGGUACCAGUUUUUGGUCGGCGUCUUCGCGUCGCUCGGCUCGGUGCUGUUUGGUUACGAUCUGGGUGUCAUUGCCCAGGUCAUUGCCUCGCAGUCCUUCAUCACAAAGUUCAAUCCCACUUCCGAAGAGAUAGGAGCUGUCGUCUCCGUCUUUACCGGAGGCGCCUUCAUCGGGGCCGCCGUGGCCGGUCCAAUGGGUGACAAGAUCGGGAGACGGUGGACAAUCUUGUCUGGUGCUGUCGUCUUCUGCCUCGGCGGUGCUCUCCAGACCGGAGCUCAAGCGCUAUCAUACCUCUACUCUGGACGUGCCAUCGCUGGCCUCGGCGUCGGUAUCCUCUGCAUGAUCAUCCCCCUGUAUCAGGCUGAGCUGGCUCAUCCCAGCAUCCGUGGUCGCGUCACGGCUCUGCAGCAGUUCAUGUUGGGUAUCGGUUCGUUGGCUGCCGCCUGGAUUUCGUACGGCACGUAUGUUGGCUUUGCUCCCACCGACGAUGGACAGUGGCGAACCUCUCUCGGCAUCCAAAACGUUCCCGCUGUGAUCCUCGCCGCCCUCAUUCUCCUGUUCCCCGAGUCUCCGCGCUGGCUCAUCGACCACGGAAGGCUUGAUGAGGGACUUCAAACACUUGCGAAACUGCACUCCCAUGGCGACGUCAAUGAUGCCUGGGUCCAGGCCGAAUUUCAGCAGAUCAGGGAGGCGAUUGCGUUUGAGCAUGCGCACGAGGCAAAAUCUUAUUCCGAGCUCUUCAAAGACAGGUCGUGCUUCCGCCGUCUCUUCCUUGCGUGCGCCAUUCAGGGCUCGAUUCAGAUGACUGGUGUUUCGGCCAUCCAAUACUACUCGGUUCAGAUCUACGGCCUCAUGGGCAUUGCUGGAGACGACACACUGAAAUACCAGGCCAUCUCGUCGGUGAUCGCUUUGGUCGCCCAGGCACUUUGCAUCCUGUUUAUUGACCACCUUGGGCGUCGCUGGACGCUCAUCUUUGGUAACCUCGGAAACUGCGUCACCUUCAUCAUUGCCACCAUUCUGCUGGCCCGGUUCCCUCCGGACCCCAACAACGGCAAUGCCGCAGCAGCCUGGGGCUUCGUCGUCAUUACUUGGGUCUACAACUUCUGCUUUAGCGCAGCCUGCGGCCCCCUGUCCUGGAUCAUUCCCGCCGAGAUUUUCGACACCAAGACGCGUUCCAAGGGCGUGUCGAUCGCCACCAUGACGUCCUUUGCCUUCAACACCAUGAUUGGCCAAGUCACGACCAUCGCCAUGGAACGGAUCGGCUACCGCUACUACUUUCUCUUCAUCAUCUGCAACUUCACCAAUGCGAUUUUCUUCUGGGCUUUCCUUCCCGAGACGGCCAAACGUCCUCUGGAGGAAAUGAACCGCCUUUUCACCGAAGCUCCUCUGUUCGUGCCGCUCAUGAAGAAGGAGGACUGGGCUGUUACAGAUAUAGAGCACCGCGUCGAGGAGGUAAAGGCUAAGCUGGACUCGGGUGCCAUGCACACAGAGGUUGGAGCUGCCGUCGGCGGUGGGGGGCAUUGAAGACCCCGUCUUGUUGGAGAGUAGGAUAUUGGGUGUCAAAUAUGCAUAGAUGUAGUGAAAAGACAAGGAAGUAAGACAAGGAAGAUGAUGCGCAGGCAUUUUAGUCUGUACGCACUUGACGAUCCAUGCUGUUAGUGAUUCAUGCCUGAUGCUGUCUCAACUCAAGAGCUAUCUGGUGGAGGUUGAACUGUAUUACAUGAUUCUCAAAUUACGAUAAACAAAAGUGAAG